UCGUUUUCCGCUCGUCUCUUUCUCGAAGGUCGGCACUCGGAACCUCGGAGCGCCCGGCGCCCCUCGUGCAUCUCCCCUUCCCGUCCUCGGCGAAACCUGGGGGCUUUCCUUACUCCUCUCUCUCUCUCUCUGAGCUGUCACUCCCUUGGCCGGUUCCUCGUAAAAGCUCUCUGGCCCUUCUCUACCCCCUCGGGGUCUUUAAAUUGCGGACGAACGAAGCCCAUACCAACUCGCUCUGGUUCUUUCUUGAAGCCUUUCUCUCGCUCUUUCUUUUCUCUCUCUUCUUGUGGUUUGCUUCUUGGAGAGGGGCAAUGGCGGUGGAUCCGAGGCAGGUGCUGGCGGCGUUCUUGACGAUGUCCAUGUUUGCUAUGCUCGGGAAUAUGAUCAAGAAGGAUCACUUCGAUAACAUGGAGCUGAGUCUUCCCACGCCAUGGUUGCCAUCUGGUUCUAACGUUAAUAUAAUGAGAGUUGAAGAGAGGGAGGGACGCCAAGCUUCCGAAGUGAAAGCAGGGCCAUGGAGCAAGAGAGGCCAAGAACAAAAAACUUGUUGGAACAAACCAGCAGCUAUAAAGGAGGCAGAGCAAUCAAAAGGUUUCAUCACGUUCUCUUUGACAGGUGGUCCUGAGUACCAUGUCUCCCAGAUUACAGAUGCGGUGGUCAUUGCAAGGUAUCUGGGUGCUACACUGGUGCUGCCUGAUGUCAGAGGAAGUGAAUUGGGUCAAAAGAAGAAUUUUGAAGAUAUGUAUGAUGCUGAUAAAUUCAUGAGGAGCCUGGAUGGUGUGAUAAGGAUGGUCAAGGAGGUCCCUGCUGAGGUAGCGACUGAAAAGCCACCAGUUGUCAGAGUCCCUAAUAGGGUUUCGGAAGACUUUAUUAUGGAGAAUAUUGAACCAGUAUUCCGAACUAAGAGUUACUUGAGGCUUGCAAUUUUCUUCCCUUCAAUAAAUAUGAAGGUGGGGGAAAGGCGGAACAAUGACCUGGAUUCAACUGCUUGCUUAGCCAUGUUUGGUAGCCUUGAACUGAAACCUGAAAUUUAUGAAGUUGCUGACCGGAUGGUGGAGAGGCUGAGAACCCUUAGCCACAAGCCAGAUGACCAGUUCAUUGCAGUUGACUUGAGGGUUGAUAUUUUAGAGAAAAAGAGGUGCAAAGAGAGUAGAGGCACACGAAGGAAGAGUUGUUACAAUGCACGGGAGAUCGGAGACUUCUUAAGGAAAAUUGGCUUUGAUGGAGAUACGACUGUUUAUCUGACUCAGACUUGGUGGCAUGAAAGUCUUAAUCCUUUGAAGGAGAUCUUCCCAAAAACUUACACCAAGGAUGAUCUAAUACCUGCAGACAAGAAAGGCAAAUUCCUCAGGUCAGGAAGUUCUGAAUUAGAGAGAGCUCUUGACUUCCACAUUUGCUCCCGUAGUGAUGUGUUUGUGCCUGCCAUUUCUGGCCUGUUCUAUGGAAAUGUUGCUGGGAAAAGAAUAGCUUCUGGACGGACCCAAAUACUCGUCCCCUCCCAAGUGCCUCCUGGUUCCUCGGCCCCGGCUUCUGAUUUCAUCUCAACCUAUGUCACCAAGAAGAACCAUCUGGCAUACUCUUGCUAUUGCUAAGCAAAUGCUGGACAAAAUAUACAAGCCCAAAGAGUCCUCCCCUGUUCCUGGAAUCACCACAAGUGUGUUGAUUUUCAUUUUCCCUGCUGUUGCUUUUCCAAUGAUGUAGUGAGCUGAAGUAUAUUGAAGUAAAUAAGUUAAUAAAAGCAACUUUAUCUAUUAUAUCAACAA